CAUGUGGAGGUUAAAAACAUCUCCACGUCGCACACCCGUAUCUGGGGUGUAGCAGCCUUUUCAUAGUUUUCUCAAAAUAAAGUGUCAAUCAGCAGGUUACUAUGGAAACUGGGCAGGAUGCGACUAGGCUACAUGUUGGCGGCAGCGAGCACUUGGGUUUAGACGUGCAGCCGGAGGGAGAGCCUUCUCCAGCUCCUUGGUUUCUUCAUCUUUGCGCGAACUUCAGCUGGAAAGGCUUUAUUCGGAAUUUUUUUACGGGUUCAGGAAUUUUCUUAUUCAGGAAGCACUCAGGUGUGUCCAAUUUAAAGCCAUGGCAACCAAUGACUCUGACACCAGCCAAGGUCAUCAGAAAGUAGUCCUGAAGAGGAAACUGACCGGCCCACCGAGACUUCUACUAGGCAAAGCCAAGGCCAAGAAUCAAACCGGAGGACGCCCAGAUGCACGAGGACUGAGACACCAGCGAAGAAUGGACACAAAUGGUACCUCAAAGGACUCCACUCCUCCUCCUCCUCCAACAGCACACCAUGAUCCCUUGGGGGAGGAAGCCACGCCAUCAGCAUCAGCCUGCCCUCCCGGAAGUCCACAAGCAACCACCAAUAAGGAAGCAGAGGACAGCCACCAGACAAGGCUCGACAGUGAUGGCUCUGCCUGUGAAGCUGGUUCUGAGGGCGAAAGAGCCAAAGACCAGCAUCUUGAUGAUCAUGGCAGCAGGAAGAACAAAAUGUCAGCCAAACACGGACUGGGACUGAGGCGGCUAUUGCCACACGUGUUUAUGUGUGUCAGAUGGAGACAGAGGAAACACGACCACCCCGAGGCGAAAAAAGAGGAUGCUGUGGUGGCUACACAAACUCUGGAAUGUUCCGGUGAGGACUCACAGUCGACAGGUGACACCAUCACACAAGGAACUGCGGAGCAAGGUGCUACCUGUCACCCCGAUGGCGACGCAAAUACACAGCAUGGAACUAGAUCCUCAGGGAAAAAGAGGGCCAAAAACAUUUGGUUUCCGUUUGUCGGUCGUCACAAAAGUAAGGGCAGACGUCAGAGCAAGCAGUCUCAAUCGUUAGUGAACAAUUCAGAGGCUGUGCGAAAGACAACACUGCGAAAAAGAAUACAAGGCUUCUUGACCAGACGAAAGGAAGCAGCCUCCUCACAAAAGACAUUUGAAUGUGGUGGUGAGACACAAACACCUUUGCCCGAGCAGACAGAAAGACAGGCAGACAGCCAGGAUGAUGAGAGCAAAGACCUGCCCAAUACCCCAGAGGAAGGCAGCUCAGACAGAGAAGGUGAGCAGGGAUGUCCAGAAACUGUCACAGUCAGUGCUGAGGUAACGGCUGACAGUGAAAAGGGCACGGAGUGUGAAUGCCAAGAUGGUGAUAAUAACGCCGGUCCUACCCGUAAGACGUCAGAGGAUUUGAACACAAAGGAUGAGGAUGAAAACGAACAGCAGGGCUGCGCAGACGUACAGGAGUUUGGUGUGAAUGAGGCCUCAGGUGUCUAUGAUAGAGCCAACACUACCUGUGUGGCUGAGUUAAGCCCAGUGCUCAGCCCACAGAUAGACAUAGCCUUGGCUAUGGAUGAUGUGUUCGAGAACGGGGCAGAGGACACCAAGUUGUUUGACGACACAAGCGAGCCGACAGGUCCUCCAGACCCCAGCCACGCCAUGCCUUACAACCACCACCAUGCCAGUAGUAGUAAUAUGUCUUUCCUAACCGUGCCAGUGGAUGGUUUCUGGGCUCCACGUGAAUCCAAUAGCCCAGACGUGAAGUCGUGCUCCGACACAUUUGAUUGCAGUCUGGCACCUGAAGAUGCGAGCCUGAUUACUGGAGAGAGCCUACUGAUUCUCACUGCCAACUCCCUAGUUCAAGCUGCCAUUAAAAGGGCUCUUUGUCAGCUCUCAAGGGAAGCACAACCUCCACUGACAAACAGCCACAGAGAUACAGAGUGUGCAAAUAUGGAAGGCACUUGAGGUGCAGCUAGCUUAUGGAGACUGUGGACACAGAUAUCCGGACAUACUCGGUUAUAGAACAGUCCAUGUUAAUAGUUUUUUUCCUUCUGUACAGUUAAUGAUUCAUUUUGGGUCUCUCAGGCCUUGAUUACAGGUAUGUGGAUAUGUCUAAAAUUGAUAUUUUGUCUAUCCGUUAACAUAUUUUGAUCUUGUUUACAUCACAUGUGGAUUACAAAAAUCACCAUUGUGACUGGUGCAUUUUAGACAACUCU